AGAAGAAGAAGAAGAAGAAGACUACUAUGUUAAUGCCUCAAGAGGCGCUGUGGAUACAAAGAGAACCCGUCCAGGUCGGUGGUUUCUCUUCUUCACUCAGAAUAUUCUUCUGAUAGCAGUGUGUUGGCUCAUACUGUUAGCCAUCGUGGGCCUUCAUUUCUACUAGAGAGCUCAACAGAGUGGUUGUAGUGAUGGCGGAGGGAGAGGAGGAGGUGAACUAUGCUUCGGUUGUGUUCAAAGCCGGCAACAAUCCUCAGCCUGCGGCAAAAAGAGGGGAGGAAACUGUGUACGGUGAGCUGAAGGUGCAGAACGAAACAAAGAAUGAGGCAAAAAGAGGGGAGGAAACUGUGUACGGUGAGGUGGAGGCGCAGAACGAAACAAAGAACGAGGACUCAGCAGGACGUCGGCGCUUUCAGCACUUGUCUUGUUGUUUGGGGAUUCUCUGUGUCAUUCUGCUGGGUGGCAUCAUCGGAGUCUGCGUCUACCUUCCUACAUUAAGCCAUGAGAGUGAUCCAAUCCAGUUAGAAGAAGUCUCAACUCUUCUGGCAAACAACAAAAAACUCAGCUUAGAAAAUGCAAACUUGAAGAGGGACAACCAGAAUCUGACGGACCAGUUGGGCAACCUGACAGAAGCCUAUACCGUCUCAGAGAGCAACGUCAAAAGCCUGUCUGCAGGAGUCAAGGAGCUGACAACACGAAACCAGGAGCUGGAGACCGAGAAGAAGAACUUGAAACAGCAAAUACAAAACAUGGAGACAACCUGGAAUGAGCUCAACGUCAGUCGAGCUCAGUGGAGCAUCGAUGAGUACUGCAAACAACCAGGCAAUCAAACGUGUAAAGCUUGUCAGGACGGCUGGAAACACACUGAGUCCGGCUGCUAUGUGUAUAAUGACGCUCACCUUCCUAAUCAAAAAACCUGGGAAGAAGCUCAAGAAGACUGCAGAGGAAAGAAUUCAGAUCUGGCUGUUGCUCAUCAUUUGGAGGAAAAGGAAGCAAUCAUUACUAACAGUUUAGGAUCUAAUGGAUUCUGGAUUGGUCUGAGAGUUGAAGAUGGGAAAUGGAAGUGGGUGGAUGGAAGUAAUCUGUCUGAUAGCUGGAUAUCAGUUCCUGAUCCUGUUGAAGGUCGCUGUGCAUUGUUUUACAAGGACAAAAACAAAUGGUCAUCAGUGAGCUGUGAAGAGAAACAUCAAUGGAUCUGCCAGAAGAAGGCUCUCUCUGUUUAAACAAAGCAGUCAUACUAAGAAGGUUACUGGAAACUCUUUGAGAAACAGAUGAAUUAAUUGUGAAUAAAAACUAAUUCCAAACAAAAAUAUAAAACAGAAAAAGGAUAAAAACAGUAAUUCCAGAAACGUUUCUCAAACUGGAUACAAACAAUAAAACACAAAAGUUAACUCAUAAUGUGGAUUAUUUUAAAAUCGAUGUACUUUCAGUUUGACUUAAUUUCUAUGGAGCUUGCUAAAUUAAUGCAAAUAUGUAUUUCUUUAACAUGUGAUGGUGUUUUUAUUAGAUAUGGAUGGUUAAAAUAGUUAAACUGUUUAGUGUGAAUAAUGUUAUUCUAUUGUGUUAGAGAUGCAACGCUUCAACUCUGCAGAUUAUUGCAAAGACUAUGGACCAUGUUAUUGUAUUGCUUCUACCGGCCAGCAGAGGGCGCUGCAUCACUUGUUCUCAAUACAAUGUUCCAGAGUCUGUUGAAUAACUAUGUUUCAAGGUUCAAAGGUUUAUCGUCAUGACAUUUAGAAACUACGGUGUGAUUAUGUAAUGUAUGAAAACAUGUGAUCUCAGGUUCCUUAACAGUGCAAUUAACAAGACAUAAGAAAUACAUAUAAAAAACAACUAUACAAAUAUAAAUAGUGCAAGCUCAGGUGUUUAAUAGUCUGAUGGCCAGUGGGAUGAAACUGUCCCUGAUGCUAUUCUGAUGACGCACAGUUUAUGGAUGAUUUGUAUCUAUCUGUAUUUGUGUCUUUGAGCAAUGUCUUGUUUCACUCUGUUGUCACCAGUGAAUAAAUGUGCUGCCACACA